CGCACUCUUACACACGACCUUCUCGACGGAUCUCCCACGAACGACACUCAACACGGACGAGGGCUUCAAUUGCGCCAGCUGAAAGCGCCGCUUCCCAUACCAAUAAGCGCAAAUUCCGUUUUCCCAAACCCGCCAAAAUGAGGUCCCUCCUCCCUCUCCUGUCGCUCAGCGCAGUUGCGAACGCGCUAUACUUCUACAUCGAUGGAGUAACCCCCAAGUGCUUCUACGAGGAACUGCCCAAGGACACCCUGGUUGUUGGACACUAUACUGCAGAGGAGUGGGACGACCGAGCGCAAGGAUGGCAGAAGCAUGAUGGCAUCAGCAUCUACAUCUCCGUCGAUGAAAUCUUCGACAAUGAUCACCGCGUCGUCUCCCAGCGUGGCCAGGCCUCCGGUCGCUUCACCUUCUCCGCCGCCGAUUCUGGUGACCACAAGGUCUGCUUCACUCCCUCAUCGACCUCCGGCCGCCCAGGCUGGCUGUCGACCAAGAACCAGAACGGCGGUAUCAAAUUGACGCUUGACCUCGUUAUCGGUGAGACCAACCAGAUCGAAAGCAGCGACAAGAGCAAGAUCCAGGACAUCACGACACGUGUCAAGGACCUGAAUGCUCGAUUGAACGACAUCCGAAGGGAGCAGGUCUUCCAGCGAGAGCGAGAGGCUGAGUUCCGAGAUCAAUCCGAGUCGACCAACGGCCGCGUUAUUCGCUGGAUCCUUAUCCAGAUGGUUGUCCUGGGAAUUACUUGCACCUGGCAGCUUUCGCAUCUCCGAUCGUUCUUCAUUAAGCAAAAGCUGACUUAAUGGAAUCGUUCUGGGGCUGGACGUGAUGUACCUGGUUCAUAAGAGGAUUGUCGUAGGCCUUGAGCGUUGAUAGAGCAAUUCAGCAAGGUCUGGCAAGGAUAGGAUGGGAGUCUCUGGAAUAGGCGUCCCUUUUUGAGGGGCGUUUCUAAUGUUACAUAAAUGUUAUGAUACGUAGUGAGAGUGGCCGUUAAAAAAGAAUAUGGGGCGAUGAUAAUAUUGGCAA